GAAAUGGAUUUAAUUCUGACCGCAGGGCUAUAAGGGACGAGCGGGAACGAACGCCUUUUGUCAAGGAGUGGCAGCCUCUGUUGUCUGUAAAUCACCAGUGACGCGGAGAAGCUGCAUUGCUGGUGGAAUUCCAGGCAGCUCUGACAAGUGCGGGGCUGCAGGAUGGGGAGAAAACAUUGCUUUGCAGAUUAGCUGGGUGCAUUCAUUAAGCAGAUCCAAAAGAAAAGGAACACACACACACACACACACACACACACACACACACACACACACACACACACACACGAAACAAAACGAAAAUAACAGCCCACAGCGGAAGUCCGGAGAUGGAUAAGAAGCCAUGCAGAAGUUUCCACCUGGAUGUUUGAUGUCCUGUAGAUGUGGACAGUGUGCCUGAGAGCAGAGCAGGGAGCACAAGCUGAACGCUAAGAGGCAACCUGAGACAAGGCCGGUCCGGACUCCUGGGUUACAGGAGUGCAUUGCAAACCUACAAGAACAAUGAGUGAGGAAACUGUCCCCGAGGCUGCCUCCCCGCCACCCCCUCAGGUGCAGCACUACUUCGACCGCUUCUCUGAGGACGACCCUGAGUACCUGCGCCUGCGCAACCGUGCGGCCGGCCUGCGGCAGGACUUCAACCUGAUGGAGCAGAAGAAGCGUGUCACCAUGAUCCUGCAGAGCCCCUCUUUUAGGGAGGAGCUGGAAGGCCUCAUCCAGGAGCAGAUGAAGAAGGGGAACAACUCGUCCAACAUCUGGGCCCUGCGGCAGAUCGCGGACUUCAUGGCCAGCACCUCCCACGCAGUCUUCCCAACAUCUUCCAUGAGUACGCUUGCUCUGCUUGCUUUAUACUUCUCCAUGAUGACACCCAUCAAUGACCUCCACACAGCCGACUCCUUGAACCUGGCUAAAGGGGAGCGGCUAAUGCGGUGCAAGAUCAGCAGUGUGUAUCGGCUCCUGGACCUCUACGGCUGGGCCCAGCUGAGUGACACCUAUGUCACGAUGAGGGUCAGCAAGGAGCAGGACCACUUCUUGAUUAGCCCUAAGGGAGUUUCUUGCAGUGAAGUCACGGCAUCCAGCCUGAUCAAGGUGAACAUCCUGGGAGAGGUGGUGGAGAAGGGCAGCAGCUGCUUCCCGGUGGACACCACAGGCUUCUGUCUGCACUCGGCCGUCUAUGCAGCCAGACCUGACGUGCGCUGUGUCAUCCACCUGCACACGCCGGCCACGGCAGCGGUGUCAGCCAUGAAGUGGGGCCUCCUACCUGUCUCUCACAAUGCCCUGCUGGUGGGGGACAUGGCCUAUUAUGACUUCAAUGGCGAAAUGGAGCAGGAAGCGGACCGAAUCAACCUGCAGAAGUGCCUUGGACCCACCUGCAAGAUCCUGGUGCUAAGAAACCAUGGCGUGGUUGCUCUAGGUGACACUGUGGAGGAAGCAUUUUACAAGAUCUUCCACCUGCAGGCUGCAUGUGAGAUACAGGUGUCCGCUCUGUCCAGCGCCGGGGGAGUGGAGAACCUCAUCCUCCUAGAGCAGGAGAAGCACCGGCCCCACGAGGUGGGCUCCGUGCAGUGGGCCGGGAGCACCUUUGGGCCCAUGCAGAAGAGCCGGCUUGGGGAGCACGAGUUUGAGGCCCUCAUGAGGAUGCUGGACAAUCUGGGUUAUAGAACAGGCUACACGUACCGUUACCCCUUCGUUCAAGAGAAAACCAAACAUAAAAGUGAGGUGGAGAUUCCGGCCACGGUCACAGCCUUCGUGUUCGAGGAGGAUGGCGCCCCGGUGCCCACUCUGCGGCAGCACGCCCAGAAGCAGCAAAAGGAGAAGACCCGCUGGCUCAACACGCCCAACACCUACCUGCGGGUCAACGUGGCCGACGAGGUCCAGAGGAGCAUGGGCAGCCCCCGGCCCAAGACCACAUGGAUGAAGGCUGACGAGGUGGAGAAAUCCAGCAGUGGCAUGCCGAUACGGAUUGAAAACCCAAACCAAUUUGUGCCUCUCUAUACUGACCCCCAAGAAGUGCUGGACAUGCGAAACAAGAUUCGAGAACAAAACCGACAAGAUGUGAAGUCGGCAGGGCCCCAGUCUCAGCUCCUGGCGAGCGUCAUCGCUGAGAAGAGCCGAAGCCCGUCUACAGAGAGCCAGCUGAUGGCCAAGGGCGACGCAGACACCAAAGACGAGUCAGAGGAGACGGUGCCCAACCCCUUCAGCCAACUCACUGACCAGGAGCUGGAGGAGUACAAGAAAGAGGUGGAGAGGAAGAAACUAGAACUCGAAGGAGAGAAGGAAACUGCCACAGAGGAGCCUGGCUCACCCGUAAAGUCUGCACCUGCUUCUCCAGCACAGAGCCCAGCAAAAUCAGAGACAAAGAGCCCCGUGGUCUCUCCCUCCAAGUCUUUAGAUGAAGAUGCUAAGAAGACAGAAACGAACAAAGCCGCCACAGAGCCCGAAACAACACAGCCGGAAGGGGUGGUGGUCAACGGCAGGGAGGAUGAGCAGACAGCAGAGGAAAUUCUCAGCAAAGGCUUGAGCCAGAUGACCACCAAUGCCGACACGGAUGUUGACGCCUCUAAGGACAAAACCGAGUCGGUCACCAGCGGCCCAAUGUCCCCAGAGGGCUCACCUUCCAAGUCUCCCUCAAAGAAGAAAAAGAAAUUCCGAACCCCAUCUUUCCUGAAAAAGAGCAAAAAGAAGGAGAAAGUGGAGUCCUGAUUCGUAGCACCCUGGAGCUCCCAUGUGCGUCCUGUCUCCCCAUGUCCCUUUCUCCCAUCUCCGUCCCUGAAGCAAGGGGCCAAGGAGGGAUAGAGUAGGACCCUGGACCACACUCUGAGGGGGACAUAGAGAUCGCCCGACCAACCCCUCAUUUACAGUUGCCCCAGAGAAAUCAGGCGACUUUCCCAAGGUUCCACAGUAGUUAGUGGUAGAGCCUGCACUAGAAUCCAGGUCUCCUGGCUCCUAGUCCAGGGCUCUCUCCACUAUACAACACUGCCUAGUUGUGGGCCACCUUCGUGAGGGUGCUGCCCACUGAUCUGAGCCCCGGGCAAGAGGGCCAGAGUGGGCCACAAGCUCUCACAGGCUCAGACUAAAUCAGGUCGAGGCUCCCCCUGAACAACGUCCUUUUCCUCACGGGAACCCAGCCUCCUCUGAUGGAGCUAUCACGAUGUUUAGAAGUCUCUCUUCUCUUUUUCAUAGGAUCCCUGCCUUGCUGCUCGUACUAACCAAACAAACUGACCUGCCCCACCACCAGUUUAUCUUUGUUCCCAAGGGCUGAUGGCUUAGCUUGUGCUUCCCCAAUCACUAACUCUGAGCUUUCUUCAUGGAACCUCCUAAAUGACAGAUGGAAGAGUUGUAACAAUUGGCACACAUAAGGAAGGGCAAGCCAAGCCAGCCACAGAAUGGGAGAUAACUUCAUCAAUAUAAGAAGCCAGGAACUUGACCCAUUCAAUUAGUGUAUCUCAGGCGCUUCAAAAGUAAAACCAAAUUUAGCUCAGAAAAUAGUUGUCUCGUGCUCAGGACAGAAAUUUGGGGAAAUUUAGAUCUUCUGUUGGCUUUAGGGUAAAUGAGGAGGAUGAAAAACAGCACAGGGAAUGCUAUGCUUUUCUAGCUUUGCAUGACAGUAAUGUGGCUCUACUCGUCUCACUCCUGUCCAGCAGUCAGGUGUCCCCUGACCUUCCCUCAAACCCAGGAGCACUGGCUCACAGAGUGGAACCGGCAUCUUACCCUUGGCACCUUGACCUUGGCUUCUUUGGGUUCCAACUCAGUCAUUCUGGGUCCAGCAGAGAAUGAGAUGAGCCCUUCGGGAUUAAUCAGAGAAAUGCGUGGUUGUCCCCGGCCCUGUCACUGUCUGUUCAUCCUGGGGCCUGGUAAUAGCCACGGCUAUUAUUUUAAAUGCCAACACUAUAUUUUCAUAUUCUUCCAUGGGGCAUUGUUUAAUGAGCAUUGUUGGCUCCUAAAUAGACAAUCCAUUCUCUUUAAAGCACCACAUCUUCAAAGGAUAUUUUCCCUUUCUGUCCUGAUUAUUGUAAAAGUAUUUUUGAAAGUUUUUAAUCAUAGUUUUUCAUGUUCGAGCACUUACUUACUAUAUAUAUAUAGACACUGUGCAGGCUUUACUCACAUUGUACCCUUUAACCCUCAUGAUAAUCCUGUGAUGUGGGGAAGAUUAUUCCCAUUUUAUGGGUAAGGAAACUGAGCCCCUAAAAGGAUAAUUAACUUUUCCCAAGUAACUUGGCUAGAGAGAGUCAAAGCCUGGAUUUAACCCAAGUCACUCUGAGUCCAGAGCCUUUGCUCUUAACAGCUAUGGUGAUCAGAAAACGUUAAUCCCCAAGGAUGGUGGUUUCAGUCCAGGAACCAUUUCCGUGGCUGAUCUCCACUGUAUAAUGCAGCACUUGAAAUGAAGUUAGGAAACUACCUGUGUUCUCUCUCAUCAGUGCACGUUAAGUUCCUUGGUUAACGUGGACUGUGGCAAGGCCAGUGUGGACCUCUGACAAAGGAGAGGCAAGGGCCUUCUGGUUGGGGCAGGAAAUAUCAUUCAUUAUUGGGCUAUUUCUUGAGAAGGAAGGAAACUGACAUAUGACUACGGGAAACCCAGUGCUGUGUCUCUCUAGUGCAGAUUCCCAACUGCUAACCCCUCCACCCUGCACCCCCCACACCCUGGCCCUUCUCCUUCUACCUUCUGAUUCGGUCUUGUGCUGGACAGCCUGACAGUCAGGGGCACUGAUGCCUCAGAUAAGUCUGUGAUAUGAGAAAUGCCUUUAAAAGCCAAUCCUUUGAUGCCUUCUUUUAAAAAGUGGAUUUCACAUUCAUUUAUUGAUCCCUUCACAAUAUUUGUUAAGCACCCAUUAAAUGUCAGGCAUUAUACUGACAUUAAAAGAAAAUAAUCAUUGGGAAUAGACUAAUCAGUAGCAAGCAAGGUUAAGAGAUUGGUGGAGUGGAUACAACCAUUUGUUUGUAUCUAGUGUUUGAGUGGUUGUAGCUCAGAGAUGAUUUGAUUAACUCUUUACAUUCAACAAAUUCUCUUCAUUCCCUUUAUAGCAAUGAGGCCUCAUUUAGGUGAAAAUGCCAGAGCUUGCUGGAAUUUGGGCGGCAUCCUUGUAAUUUAUGCUAUGGGCCCACCUCGUAUUUAUCCAUUUGUUCAUUAUUCAUGCAUUUAAAAAAUGUGAAUGAGCAUGCAUCACGGGCUAGGCCUGGGGGCAGGACUUAGUCCCAGCCUGCGGGAAGUUCAUAAGUAAAGGAGGCACAUAGACAAGCGACAAAAUGAGCAAGGGUGUAGAGGUGGCAUGAGGAAGCAACGGUUUACUGUCUUCUGGGCCAGAGAAACCUUCCUGAAAGGAGUGAUGGUUGAAUUAGGUUUUCAAAACAGAGGAAUUUUCCAAGAGGACAAAAGGGUUGGCAGAACAUCCCGUGAUGAGGAAAGAGCGUGUGCAAAUGCACGGAAGCAUGAAACUCGUUUCAUGGGUGGGCAGGGCUGGUAGAAAGCAUGGAGAGGCUAGACUUUAUCGUGUCAGGGGGUUGGAGCUGCUGAGUCAUGAUCAGGCUUGGACUUUAGGAAAACUCUCAUGGCUGAGUGGAAAAUGGACUAAAGGAGUGGCCACAUGGGAGACUGCCUCAUAAUGAGGCUUUUCUGAAACAUCAGUGCUAAACCGGGUUCAGUGUCCUGCCUUACACUACAUUUUCCUUUAUUGCAAAUAGUGAGCUUCCAACACAGAAUUUAUUUCCAUUGAAUUAUUUGGAUAAGGCCUCUUAAGAGAUUUAGACAAGGAGAGCUAGUACUUAGAGUUUCCAAUUCUGUUCUGACUAGUGUAGAGUUGCUGGGAGAACUUUUGAGUCACUUCUUCUUCCUGUGUACAUGGUGGAUGUGGCACGCUCAGCUCCAGCCUUGAGGCUGGACACUGGAUGCGGUUGAGGUGUGUGGUCUAAACAGAGCCAUGGGUUUUUAGGGUGACAGGAGGGGCCAUUGUCUUUGGCUCUGGAUAAAAGUAGGGUAAAAACUUGGACCAGUAUCUGUCUGGAGAAAAAAUAUACAUGGAGAGCUCAGAAAUGGUAGGCAAUGGGUUCAUUUUGAUCAAAGCCAUCGUGCUUGGGUAUGCUGCAGAAAAAGAACGAGAAAGUGGAACCAAUCAGCUGUGCUGUGGCUGGCUGAGCCGGGAAGUGGAGAGGUUUAUGAGGCUGUUCCACAGAAAGAGGGGCAGGGUAGGGAAGACAUGGUUACAGAGAGACACGCCUGGUCCCAGUGACCCCCAUGCACUGGUGGCUGGCACCCAGCAGUGGUGUGGGAGAACCAUCUAUACCACAUGAUCUUUCCUCAAACUUUGCAGAAAGCUCUGUCAAGUGGCAAUCCCCAGCCCAUGUGGGCUCCAUUAGAGCCUCCUGGCUUGCAGGUGACCAAGAAACUCCAACUUUGGCCAGGUAAUACACAGAUUUUUUUUUUAAAUCCUCCCUCGAUAUUCCUGUAAUAAAAAUGGGGUUCUUCCUCUGCAGAUGAUAAAUUCUUUAUAAAGAACAUGGAGGGUUUGAAUGAACCCCACUGGAAAGCAUUGCUCUUAUACCAGUGACAUAUAUGAUGAGCUUUGAAUCCUGCUCCCUGUGUCUCAUACUUUGUCACUCACUCCUGAGUGUAGCAAGACAGUCCCUCAGAUGUCAGUUCAGCACUGUCAUAACAGAGGAUAGCUGCUUUUGUCAGCGUGGCAAGAAAUUCUAUAAAGCCACUUCUCUGAUAGCAUGGAUUUGAAAGAAUCAUUUUCUCAAGAGCACAAUUCACUUCUGCAAGUCUGAAAGAUUAAAAAAGAUUAAAAAGAAGCUUGGAUUUUUCCAUGCAGGUAUGCAUAGGGAUAGCCCACCAUCAGCCUGUGUGCCAUCUUUUACAUAAAUAUGAAAUUUAUGUUCUAGUUCCAGGCCAAGAGCAUUCAGUUUCUGACUAUCAAACAAAUGGGAAAACAUAAUGCUUACUCGUUUCUCUCAUGCGGGUCAGCAGAAGCCUCCGAGAUGGCUGGCACAGUUGCAGUUGACUCUGAGCAUAGAGGAAACAGGUCUUAUAUCUCUCACCACUUGAGUCCAAGCAAACUCUAACACAAUAAAAUUUGAAGAGUCUGAGAAGAAACGAGAGGGGAUAAAUCCAUGCCCUUCACUCCCACAGAAAGGACAGGGCACCUCACAAUUCAAAGCCUGAUGGGACAUCUUAGCGCCAGUCCCCAUCUAUUCUAAAAGAGACUCUAAUGAAAAUGCUCACUGGUUAUUUAUCUGCAUAGGUCCACUUGAACCACAAUACAAAAAGCAUACACUGUAGAGCAAUUAUUUCCAAAUGCCCUGCCUAACCAACCUAUCCAUUGGGGCAGGACACACCUUUUGCCAGAAAUAAGAGCACACACAUAGA